ACAUAAAAUUAUUAUUCUUUAUAUAUGUAUAGAUUUGAUGUGGAAUCCCUUUGGCUUCUUCCUAUGUUUUACUUAUCCUUAAUGAAAAUCCUGGCUUAAUCGGCUCGUCCCUCUACCCUUUCCAUUGAAUUUUAUAUGAUGUUUGGCCAGCCUGGAAGAUAUUCUAAUAUAAAGACUCAACAAAGAAUUAAAUUAAGAAAUAUACUUCUAUACAAGUUCAUGAACCAUGCAUUUUAAGAUAAUUUAAUACUCAACAAAGACUUUAUUAAGAUACACAUACACUUCUACAUGUUCAUGUACCAGCCUGGAAUUUUAAGAGUACGCAUACCUUACCCCUGAGAGACCGGUUCAGAUAGAUUCUCAGCUCAAGGAAAAGACAGACAGUCCAAAGCAGUAUAUAGAAAGAAAUAACGUAAAUGAAGAAGUCGUGACAAAAUAUUAUAGACAACCUGACAAAUCAUCCUGAACAGUAAUGAUAAAUGACUUAUAAAAUGGGAUGGUUCAUGGCUUGGAGUUGACAACUGACUCUGUCAAAGUCAAUGUAAUUAUAAUAGAACUAAUGAAAUACUUCAUCAAGAGUUUCUGAAAUUUCCUAUAUAAUGUUUCAUCCAAACGAAAGUGAAAUGCACACAGGAACAUUAAUAAUUUGGAGUUUUUUGAAUAAUGGAUCGCGAAAAUAUUAUGCAAGCAGCUCAGAUACAUUUAGUUGUUGCAACUCUAAUAAUGACAGUCACCUUCACUGCUGGUUUCACAUCUCCAGGAGGUUUUGACAACAAUAUUGACAGCACUAAUAAAGGGAUGGCGAUUCUACUAAGGAGAAGUGCAUUUCGUGCAUUUGUUGUUACUGAUGCCAUCGCGUUUACAUCAUCAGCUGUAGCUGUAUUCACUUACUUCGCGAUGGCAGCAAGUGUAAUAUCUGUAACAGAGUUGCCAGUUGUGAUGAGGCUUUAUAAGUUUGCAACCUUUUUGCAGCUUGUGGCAAUGUCAGCUGUUGUGAUUGCAUUUGUAACUGGUAUGUAUGCUACUUUAGCACAUUCAGUUGGUCUUGCUGUUACUGUCUGUGUCAUCGGUUGCAUAUCUUUUGUUAUGUACUUGUGGGUUACUUAUGUUCUUGGAAGCAAGGCAUAGAGGAAGAACACGAUGUAGAGAGCGAGAGACAUCGUGAUCAAUGCUACCUGAAACUUACUAUAAAACUUGCAAUGGUUGAUCGGGAGAGUUACGUGAUCAAUAUAACCUGAUAGUGUAAAAAUUCUUUACGACAUGGCAUAAACUCUUCGCCAAGGAGUUAGGUUUUUCGAAUUCAUAGAAAACCAUGGGAGAGAUGUUCAUGAUGACAAUGUAUAGCCUUACAAGAUGUAGAAAUAUAGGUUGCAAAUGCUUUUCUAGAAAUAGACAAUCACUACAACAAAAACAACUUUUAGAAGCAAUAAAUGUAGAUACUAAUAAAGAGUGCUAAGAUCUUUACCAGCAUUAUUUAAGUGUCAUUAGAACCAAUGUCACUAAAGGCUUCAAAGACAUAUACAAAGAGGGCUCAUUAAGCUAUUACUGUUAGUUAAUUGUCACUAAUGAUCAAUGAUCAUUUUUUAUUAGUAAAUAUUUUUGUGUACUGCUGCUAGUACUACUAUUACCUUUGUUCCUCUUUGCUGUACGCUACCUUUUUAUCUGUUCGUUUGAAAAAGAAUGACACAUUUCACUACUGAAGAAAUGGUUUGGUUGAAAAUUUGUUGGAUUUGGCUCAUGAGCUAAUCGCUAAGCAAAAUAGAGCAAAAUCCAAACAGCAUAUCAUCCUUUUCUUUUGAUGUAAGGCAAAGUUUAUCUAGCAAAUCCCUCUCUUCCAAUGAAGGCAAGUAACAAAUUCAUUUCUUUUGGUCAAAGGAUACUUAGUUUUCUAUUUUAGAGAUUCUAAUACAAUGAACUCUUUCUAUAUAUAUAAUGGUUUUGCAAGCAGGGUAAAUGCAUUCAACAGAGGUUAGAUACAUCUGACAAGAGGAAAAGAAAGGUUGAGAUCGAUCAUCCCCUCGUAUAUACGAAGAUGAAUUCAUACGAUAAUGAUAAAAGAACGAUCAAAAUAAUUAGGGAUGCAGCUCAAAUACAUAUAGUUGUGGCUACACUACUAGUGACGGUUACCUUUGCUGCCGGCUUCACACUACCAGGAGGUUUUGAGAGCGAUAAAGAUAGCUUUGAUAAAGGGAUGGCGAUUCUAUCAAAGAAAUCAGCAUUCUGUGCAUUUGUUGUUACGGAUGCCAUUGCCUUUGCAUGCUCCGCGGGGGCUGUCUUUAGCUACUUUGUCAUUGCAAUGACUUAUAUGCCAAAGACCGGAGGAGAGUUAGAAAUCACUUUAACAAAAAAAGAGCAGAGAAUUCUGCUGAAAACUUUUGAUCUUGCAACAAGUUUGCUGUUUCUAUCAAUGUCAGCAGUUGUAAUUGCAUUUGUAACUGGUUUGUAUGCUACUUUGGAAAAUUCAGUUGGUCUAGCUGCUACAGUUUGUGUCAUAGGUUGCCUUGCGCUCCUUAUUUAUGUCUUGGUUUUUUAUGUUCUUUACACAGAAGCCGCUAAGUAGUGGUGGAGCCAAAAAUUUUACUAAGGAACAAGGAAUUGUUGAAUAGUGUCUUAAUUUGUGAAAAUCCUAGCUCCGUCACUAUGUGUAAAUAUGUGCAAGUUUUGUAGUUACGAGAACUUUUAUGUCAAAAUUAUUAUUAAUUCUUAUUAUUGUACUAUGUAAUAAAUUAUCUUGAUUUUCAUGCCUAAAUCACUUCAGUAUAUUUCCUUAAUGAGAAGUUUGAUAGUCACACGAGGCAUGUUUAAGACUACAUAUUUCAAAUGUAAUGGAAUAUUUUAAACCACGAAUUUUAAAAAUCUUCCUUACUUGAUUAAAUUUAGUGCUAAGUUAAACUUUGACAAGACAAACAAAGUGAAAGAAAGGGAGUAAUUAAAGUAUAUAUGUUUCAUGAAAUGGAACUAUAAAACAACAUAUUAUCCCUUUUAGCUAUAAAAUCCCUCUCUUUCAACCAAAGCAAAGUAAUAAAUGCCUUCCUUUUGAUCAAAGGCAAAUAAUGAUACUUAGGUUUUUAUUAUAGAUAUUCAUGAAGAAGAGUCUAAUAUAAUUAACUUUUUCUAUAUAAGGGUUUUGCAAGCAGGGUAAAUGAAGUCGGAGCUAGCAAGACAACAGAGGUUAGAUAGCUCUGCCGGGAGAAAAAGGAAGGUUGAGGUCAUCGAGUCAUACAUAGGAUGAUGGAUUUGGAUGAAGAUGAUACAAGAAGAGUCAAAGAAAUUAUGAAGGCAGCUCAAAUACAUCUAGUUGUAGCUACACUACUAGUAACAGUCACCUUUGCAGCCGGUUUCACACUACCAGGAGGUUUUGAGAAUGAUCACGAUAGCCCUCAUACAGGAAUGGCGAUUCUAGUGAAGAAACCAGCAUUUUGUGCAUUCGUGGUCACAGAUGCCAUUGCCUUUGUAGGCUCCGCGGGGGCUGUGUUUAGCUACUUUGUCAUGGCAGCUAAUCAUCGCCCCAAGACCAAAGAAGAGCUGAGAGUUCUGAAGAACAUUUACAAAGUUGCAACAAUUUUACAGUUCUUAGCAAUGUCAGCUGUUGUUAUUGCAUUUGUAACUGGUUUGUAUGCUACAUUGUCACAUUCAGUUAGUCUAGCUACUUCUGUUUGUGCCAUUGGUUGCCUUUCUUUCAUUAUUUAUGUGUUGGUUCUUCUUCUUAUUUACAAAGGAUUGACUGGAGAAACAACAAAUCAGUAGUGGCGGGGUCAGAGAUUUUACUAAUAAGACGAGAAUAAUAUCUUGUUUGUCUGUUUACUUUUUUAUAUUUUGAAUCACCUUAGUGAAAAUCCUAGAUCUAUCAUCAUCUUGUAUCGUUUGACAUAUUUUAUGUGUAAGUUUUGUAGUUAACAGAA